AUGAGCAGGCUGUCACAAGAGGUGACGGCACGUUACCCCUUCGAUCCAGAGAUCACGUGGGAGACGGAGGAACAGCUGGAGAUUCUUGCCCGUGAUGCAGAAGAGGAACUGAAGGACUACCUGCGAAAAAAGUUGCUCUCGAAACCCUGUCAGAAUCAAGGUUUCGUGCUUGACGGAUAUCCGAAGACGCUGGAACAAGCGCAGCUCCUUUUUGGACGUGAGUCCGAACUUUUUCGACUUUUUGGACAAAUGUUAGUCGACAACCGUAACAACUGGAACAAUAAUCGAUAA